AUGUUUUCCAAAAGACAAGGCUCGAGCCAGGAGCUGGACACAAAGUCUACCCUGCUGGAGAAACCCGAGGUAGAUGAGCAGGUCAAAGUGGAGAUUGUUAGCGAGGAGAUAGAUCCCAGCAAACUUUACUACACACUCACGAAAAACCCGCCUGUACCAUUAACUGUCGCAGUCGCUUUUCAGCACAUACUGACGAAUUUGGGUUCAUGUCUCGCCAUGACUUUCGUAAUCUCCGACGUGAUAUGUGCCGAGCUAGACAGUCCAAUUCGAAAUCGUCUUUUCUCUACAACUCUGUUCAUGGCAGGAAUCUCCACCAUAUUGCAAACGUAUCUGGGCGUCAGAUUACCGGUGUUUCAAGGCCCCUCGUCAUCUUUUAUUGUCCCUCUUCUGGCUCUACGGGCAGACAAGGCUUGGGCUUGUGAUCGAGUCACAGCCGACAACACAACAUACAGCAUGAUGCCGGAAGACAACUCCACUAUGGCGAUAACAAAAUUUUCACAGUCAGAAAAACUUCAAAUGCUGUCAGGAAGUAUAAUGGUGGCUUCACUUGCGGAAGUAAUCGUCGGCUGCACAGGAAUGGUUGGACCCUUACUUCGCUUAAUCGGCGCCAUGACUGUGGCCCCUACAAUCUCUUUGAUAGGGAUCUCUCUCUAUAAAGUGACCAUCAUCUAUGCCCGAUCUCAGUGGGCCAUAGCUUUAGCUGGCACGAUCCUCGUUCUUGUGUUUGCUUUAUACCUGCCUCACAUCACCGUCCCAGUUCCAUGUCUGAGUUGUGGAUCUAACGGAAAAAGGGGUGUACUUCGACUUCCACUUUUUCAACUACUUCCGGUAUGA